AUUUCCCAGGAUUCCUCGUCCCCAACACGCAUGCGCCCGGGGACGAGGCCCCGCGCAGUAGCCAUUUUGUUUUUCUCCGCUCUCCAAGGGUACCGCUGACCGGAUUCCGCCCCGGAGAAAUGCUCACGCCCGUCGCCAGGAGCGCCUUGGGCCUCACCGCCCGUAGCAUUCAACGUACAGUAGCAAGACAAGCUCAUCAUAAACAUGAAGCUGAUUUUCAUGACAAAUACGGCACCAUGAUUCUUCUUGGUGGAGCUGUGUUUUGUGCUUCUAUUUGGACUUACGUUGUAACACAAACUGGGAUUGAGUGGAAUUUGUCUCCUGUUGGCCGAGUAACCCCAAAAGAAUGGAGAGAGAAAUAGAGAUGUCUUCAUCCAUGUCUUUGAAAUGUUGGGAGCAACCAUGAAUUGAUCUGAGCUUUCACUGGAACACAUUUCUGCCAUACCUAAAAUGGCACAGUUCCAUGUAUUUUCACCUAAGAUGUAAUAAAUAUAUUUAAAACA